AAAGCAGGGGAAAAGUUAACUAGUAACAUGACAUGAAAGGUAUAAAACGUUUCAGAUUUGCAGUAUUUGACCUGUUUGGCUGCAGCCACCUCACCAACAGGAACUUCUGGUAGAGGCAGAGAGAAUUUACCCAAAGCCAUCAUGACCCACCAGUUUCCAGCACUCUCUCCAGAGCAGAAGAAGGCCCUCUCUGACAUUGCUCAGAAGAUAGUGGCUACAGGCAAGGGAAUCCUGGCUGCCGAUGAAUCUGUGGGCACUAUGGGUAAUAGGCUGCAACGGAUCAAAGUGGAAAACACCGAAGAGAACCGCCGUGCCUUCCGAGAUAUCCUCUUCUCUUCAGACAGCUCCAUUAAUCAGCAGAUUGGGGGAGUUAUCUUUUUCCAUGAGACCCUCUAUCAGAAGGACAACACUGGAAAGCUCUUCCCAGCAGUCAUCAAGGACAAAGGAGUAGUAGUAGGAAUCAAGCUGGAUAAAGGAACAGCCCCAUUAGCAGGAACUAAUGGUGAAACCACCAUUCAAGGUCUGGAUGGCCUUGCUGAACGUUGUGCCCAAUACAAGAAAGAUGGAGCCGAUUUUGGCAAGUGGCGUGCUGUGCUGAAAAUCUCUGAAACAACUCCCUCCGCUCUUGCUAUCGAGGAAAAUGCUAACACGCUGGCACGUUAUGCCAGUAUCUGCCAACAGCAUGGACUAGUCCCCAUUGUGGAACCUGAGAUCCUACCUGAUGGAGACCAUGACCUCCAGCGGUGCCAGUAUGUGACUGAAAAAGUGCUGGCUGCUGUUUAUAAGGCCCUGAAUGAUCACCAUGUCUACCUGGAGGGAACACUGCUGAAGCCCAACAUGGUGACUGCAGGACAUGCUUGUCCUAAGAAGUACACCCCCGAAGAAGUGGCCAUGGCCACUGUCACAGCUCUCUCUCGCACUGUCCCUGCUGCUGUUCCUGGAAUAUGCUUCCUUUCUGGAGGCCAAAGUGAAGAAGAAGCUUCCAUCCAUCUCAAUGCCAUCAAUCUGUGCCCUCUGCCUAAACCCUGGAAGCUGACUUUCUCAUAUGGGCGGGCUCUGCAAGCAUCAGCUCUAGCUGCAUGGUCUGGCAAACCUGAGAACAAGAAGGCUGCACAGGAGGCUUUCUGUAAACGGGCAAAGAUUAACGGUUUAGCUUGCAAAGGCCAAUACAUCACCUCUGGAAAGAGCAGUACAGCAGCCACUCAGUCCCUUUUUACUGCCAGCUACACCUACUAGAGCACAGGACACCCAGCUCCUUGCAGUGGCAAGAGAAAAGCCAACAGGAAAAGAUCACCCACUACAUCACUAUAGGAACCUGCAAAGAAAUGGACUGGAAAUAAUAGGCCCCACUGCAUACUCUUAAUAGCAUAAGGGUAAACAAAAAACAAAAAUAACACCCCAAACCUUCCCCACAUCCAUCCAUUUGAGAGAGAGAAAAGGGGGGGUGGGGACAGCUUUUAUGAACCCUUCAUUGACUUUGAUUCACUCUUUGGACGGCUGGUUUUUAGAUGCUCUCCAGGGGAGUAACUAUAAUAAGGCAAGAGGAGACAGUUGUCUGGGGGCCCACUGCCUUGGGGGCCCCCCAGACCCGCCCGGGCUUCCUUCAGUUGUAUUCAUCCUCCAAAAUUGAUGUGAGUGUUAAGAUCUGGAGCUACCAGAACAGCAUGUCUUUCUCUAGUAUCAUUAAAUGAUUUGCAUCGUCCAGAAUUUACAAAACCUUUUGAAAAAUAAUUUAGGAUGAUGUUCUAUUGUGGCACAUAGGUUCUCUCUCUCUCUCUCUCUCUCUCUCUCUCUCUCUCUCUCUCUCUCUCUCUCUCUCUCACACACACACACACACACACACCUAUGCUUUUUAUUACCACUAUUCAGCCUGAUUUAAGAUUUCUUUACUUCAUGAGCUGAGCUUCAGUGAGGGGGGGCAUUUUAAAAUCUUGUCUCUGGGCCCACUCCAACCUUGCUACACCCCUGAUGCUCUCCAUAGCCAACUGGGGAGUUGGACAACUUCCAUCCUCACUGCUGUCAUUAGAAAAAGGAAAAAAAUGAGUAAAAUUGCCCGCCAACUGUUAGAACCACAGCCAAGAGUGAGAAAUGAAAUACCUUUCCUGCAGUAUUUUUUCAUUCCACAAGCUGUGAAUAAACUUCCUGCCAUAGUGAA